GGGUUAAAUGGGGAGAUCGGAUGGAUGUGGCCCAUUCCUGGUAAAUCCAAGGAGACAAAUGUCCAGACCAAGGGAGCAGCACCCAGCCCGGAGCCCGCCGAGCCCGCCGGCGCCGCAAUGCUGCCUGUGAGCUACCGCCUGUCCAACACCCGUCUGGCCUUCUUCCUGAAGGAGGUGGGAGCCGGCCCGGCCGGCAACACCAGCGCCCUGCUGCAGCGUGCCGAGCCUUUUGUCGUCUUCCAGACCAAGGAGUUGCCCGUGCUCAAUGUCACCCUGGGGCCCUUCAGCACGGGGCUGGUGCUGCCCAAGGAGCAGCUCCAACCCUCCAGCACCCUGGAGAUCCCUGACCGCCUCACAGUCAACUGGAAGGUGCGCGCUUUCAUUAUCCAGCCCCGGGUGGUGGCCAGCCAGCCGGUGGUCCAAGUGCUCUUCUACAUCGCUGGCCGUGACUGGGAUGACUUUGACGUCACCGACCGCCUGCCCUGUGUGCGGCUUCAUGCCUUCCGUGACGCCCGUGAGAUCAAGAGCUCCUGCCGCCUCCGGGGCAGCUUGGCGACGUGUUUGGUGCAGGCUGAGCUGCCCCAUGCGUGGUUUGGCCCUUCAGCUAUGCCGCUGGGAAGGAGGAAGAGCCCGGAGAGCCUAGAUGUGUCGGGCGAGAGCCAGCAAGCGGAGCUUUAUUACACUCUGCACACGCCCGCUGGUGCUGGCGAGUGCCUCGGCGAGACAUCGCCGCGCCGUGGGGCCGGGGUGGCCAGGACCGAGGGCCCCACGCAGCACCCCUUGCUGCGUAUCGGCAGCAUCAGCCUACUGCAGCCGCCCGCCGCCCAGCUGAUGCAGGAGCACCGUCUGGACGGCAAUAUCUUCAUUCGCUUGCCUGACAAACCCCUCAAGCCGGGGGAAGUGCUGAGCAUCUUCCUCUACCUGAUGGCUAACUCCACGGUGGAGCACUUUACGCUCAGGGUGAAGGCCAAGAAAGGUGUUAACCUGCUCACCACCAAGUCAAGGAGCCUGCAGUGGCUGGGGACCCCGGAGCUGCUGACGGGUGGCAAGCACUCCACUGCCACUGUUGACGUGGCCCGUGUGGACGGCGCCGGGCCAAGGGAUGGGGACUCCUCCACUGAGAUCAUGCAACUGGAUUUUGAGAUGGAGAACUUCACCAGCCAGUCGGUAACGCGCCGCAUCAUGUGGCACAUCGACUACCGGGGCCGCAACCCACCGCCUGACCUGGAGAAGGUGGUGACAGAGCUGACAGUCAUCCAGAGGGACAUCCGGGCCAUUGUUCCCCUGGCCAUGGACACAGAAAUCAUCAACACAGCCAUUCUGACGGGCCGGACGGUGGCCAUUCCCGUGAAGGUCAUUGCGAUUGAGCUGAGUGGCAUCAUUGUGGACGUCUCAGCUAUGGUCGAGUGCAAGUCCAACAAUGAGGACAUCAUCAAGGUCUCCAGCAGCUGCGACUAUGUCUUCGUCAGUGGGAAGGAGUCACGGGGCUCCAUGAGCGCCCGGGUGACUUUUACCUACGAGCACCUCUCUGCCCCACUGGAGAUGACAGUGUGGGUGCCCAAACUGCCACUGCACAUCGAGCUCUCGGACACCCGGCUGAGCCAAGUGAAGGGCUGGAGGGUGCCCAUCCUGCCAGACAGGAGCGUCUUACCCCUCUCUGCCCGGAUACCCCUCUCCUCCACCUGGGGGCUAAAGAGCCGCGGAGGGGGCUGGCGACGCUCCCCACCUGCUCCCGUGUCCCGCAGGUCAGUGCGGGACAGCGACCACGAGGAAGAUGAAGAGGAGAGGAAGCAGAGCCGUGGCUGUGCCCUGCAGUACCAGCAUGCCACACUGCAGGUCUUCACCCAGUUCCACACCACGUCAGCAGAGGGCACGGGCCAGGUUGUAACCAUGCUGGGGCCAGCCUGGCUGGUGGAAGUCACCGACCUGGUCAGUGACUUCAUGCGUGUGGAUGACCCGCGGGUGGCCCACAUGGUAGACAGCUUCACUCUGGCUGGGAGGGAGCCAGGCACCACACUUUUCAAGGUCAUGUCCCCGCUCAUGGAGGCAGUGCUGGGCGAGACACUGGUGACGGUGGCAGAUGAGAAGGUCAGCAUCACAGACCUGAAGGCCCAGGUGGUCUCCAGCCUCUCCCUCUCCCUCCACCCCAGCCCCGGCAAUAGCCACACCAUCAUUGCCAAGACAGCCGCACAGCAGACCCUCAGCUUCUUCAAGCAGGAAGCACUCCUGAGCCUGUGGAUUUCCUACAGCGAUGGCACCACAGCCCCCCUCUCCCUCUAUGACCCCAAGGAUUACAACCUGGUGGUGACCAGCCUGGAUGAGAAAGUGGUCUCAGUGACCCAAGACCGGGCCUUCCCCUUGGUGGUGGCAGAGAACGAGGGGUCGGGGGAGCUGCUCCGGGCUGAGCUGGUCAUCUGUGAGAGCUGCCAGAAAACCAAACGCAAGAGCGUGCUCUUCACUGCCUUGGCCAGUGUGCGGGUCCACUUUGGCUCUGAGGAGGAUCCGACCUACGACUAUGACCACGUGCCGAGCAAGCCAGGGCUGGUGGGGCGGGAGGAGACAGCAGCAAGUACCACCCUGCGGGCAGAGGUGGAGAGAAAAUCAGAGCCAAGCGAGGACAGUAGGAUGUCUAGCGCAUCUCACCCCACCGAGGACUUCCCCACCAUUCCCACCGGCUUUGUCCAGGUGACCAGGGGGCUGACGGACCUGGAGAUAGGCAUGUAUGCCCUUCUGGGUGUCUUCUGUCUGGCCAUCUUGGUCUUCCUCAUCAACUGCGUUGUCUUUGUGCUGAAAUACCGGCACAAACGCAUCCCACCUGAAGGUCAGACCAACACGGACCAUUCCCACCAUUGGGUCUUCUUGGGCAAUGGGCAGCCUUUGCGGGCUCACAAUGACCUCUCCCCCCAGCCCGAGAGUCCUGGGAACCCCUUGGAAAAUGUCCAGACUUGCUGCCACGGGGACCACCACAGCAGUGGGAGCUCGCAGACCAGCGUGCAGAGCCAGGUCCAUGGUCGUGGGGACGGUUCCUCGGGGGGCUCCACGCGGGACCAGAGCGAGGACCCACUCAACUCACCCACCUCCAAACGGAAGCGGGUGAAGUUUACCACUUUUGCCACACUGCCCUCCGACGAGCUGGCCUACAACUCCAUCCCCAUUGCUGAUGAGGAGGACUUGGAGUGGGUCUGCCAGGACAUGGGGCUGCAAGACCCUGAAGAGCUUCACAACUACAUCCGCAGAAUCAAAGAGAUCGCUUAACGCAGGGGCAGAGGGGACGGGGGGAGGGAGGGUGCUGCCAGGCCAUGCCACGCCACGCCAUGCCACGCCACGCCACACCGGCUGCUUCUUGGGGGGAGGGCCGGAGACCCAAAUUCGGCUCUCGUGUGUUCUCUCUUUUGCACAUGUCACAUCCUCUUCACCCUGUUUGAAUGCACCCCCCGGCUCUUUUUUCUUUA